AUGGCCGCCGCUAUAGGCCAGACGAUCUCCGUGAUAGACAAGUCCGGGAAGGUCGUCAGCACUAGCAAACAUCUGUUCAGCGUUUUCAAGGAGGCCCGUUCUGCCUAUAAAGAACGUAAGGCCGUCAUCCGUGGUGCAGAAGAUGCAAGAAGGGCGGAGCGAGAUACUCGUCGAGCUCUUGCAGCAUACACCCUCGAAGAUGGCCGUUCCACGGCGUCAAAGCGACAUCUAGGUCGAGCUAAAUCGGUUGUUCGACAUCAUGAUGAUGACAGGCAAAGCAGAUAUAGUCGCCACUCGAGCAGGUCACAGAAACGCCGGUCAUUCGAAUUUGAACUUCAGUCACAGUACUCCGGUGACUACCAUCCGAACACACAGCUGGCCCGUCGUCAUACAGAGCACAACCUCCCCAUGGCGGCACCGGUUAGGCCUUCGUACGGCGAAGCACGCGCACACACCCUUCCUAAAAUCGACAUGGAUCUAGCAUACGGUGAAUUUCAUCAGUCCGCACUCGAUCGUCUCGACCCAGAGCCUGGUGACAUGUCCGGCCUUGUCGGUAAGGUCAAGGACCUGCUCGUGGAAGCUGACUGCGCCCACCACUCGGUGACUGCCACGAUCGCACAUCUGCAAAAAAACCCAGAUGCCAUGGCCGCUGUUGCCCUCACCCUGGCUGAAAUCAGCAAGCUAGUUUCGGAUCUUGGUCCCACAGCCCUCACGGCGUUACGAGCUAGUGCACCGGCCGUUUUCGCGCUGUUGGCUAGCCCACAGUUCAUGAUUGCAGCGGGCGUUGGUAUCGGUGUCACAAUUGUGAUGUUUGGAGGAUACAAGAUCAUCAAACAGAUUUCUUCUAAGCCAGAAGGCGAGAAGGAAGUCGAAAGCCCUAUUAUGGUUGACGAGUUGAUGGAAAUCAACGCCGGCAUGAGCCGCAUUGAAGGCUGGAGAAGGGGAGUUGCAGAAUCUGAGGCCGAGAGUGUGGGGACGUCAGUUGACGGGGAGUUCAUCACGCCCACAGCGGCGGCUAUGUCUCGUGUUAUGCUUCAUGAACAGCAGUUCGGGCAAGACCGCCUCAGCGACAUUAGAAGCACCCGGAUACUCCCCGCACCAACUCGAGUGUCUUCUUACGUUGGAGGAAGCGUGUACGAGACCGGCUCUCAGUAUUCACGCCGCUCACACACUUCACGCUCAUCCAAACACUCCAAGAGUUCCAAAACGUCUCGGUCCCACAGUGAAAGCAAGGAUAAGAAGGAUAAGAAGAAGGAUAAGGAAGAGAAGAAAAAGAAGAAGCCUUCUCCCCUCAGGAAGUUGUUUAGCUGA